CGGCCUUCCCUCUGCUCUCCCCGUCUCCACCAUUCUUCUUCACUCUGCCGGUGCCGUUGAAGCCAGCUUUGACCACCAUCUCUCCAAAUCGCCACCACCAAACGACUUAGCUGUCCUUUCUGAUCAAAACCCCGAAAACUCGAACCUUGGAAACGAUGGAUAGCAGAACCUAGAAGAUUGGGUGUUUAUCAAGUCCAAUUGGUGGCUGUUUAAGGAUCAUAGACUUGGGCAGAGAUUGACUCUCUACUUUGCAAAGCAUCAUCUCUGUACAGGUUCGUUGUGUUUAUUACUGCUGAAGAAGAGGCUGACCUUCAAUUGGCGAUGGUGGAUGCUUGGUGGUCUCUGUUAGCUGCUAUCCCCGCAGUGGUUGCAGGACAAGCAUAUCGGGUCAAGAAGAGGCGCGCUGAAGAGCAGAGAUUAAAUAGUGCUAGGGGAAGGGAGAAGAGUUCUGAUGAGAUUUUUGUCUGUGAGAGGGUAUGCACAUCAAAGAGAAUGCUAAAAAAGGUAGGAGCGUUCUCAAAGGAUCCUAUCCCUGAUACGUGUGUUACUGUAUGUGGUGUCUCUGAGCUUGAUGCAUGCGCUGAUGCAUGCGCACGCACAGUUUGCGUGAACCAACACCAAGUACCCAACUGGAAUGACAUCUGUCUUCGGAGAUGCCAGAGUGAAUGUCUAAAACUCUCUUCCUCCAGUUCUUCGUAGGACAUUCUAUUUUGUUUUGCUAGAGAGGUGUGUAUAACAAGUUGAAUUGUCAGUGUCAGCUACUCCCAUUUCUGAUAUGGGCAUGAAUUUGUUAUCAAUGUUAAGCUUACAAGCAUGAAUUUGAUAUUUGCCUAUAUGGUCUGGCUUUGCUGUGACGCUUCUUU